AUGAAGUUCAGUAUUUCCUUAUUUCUAAUAUUGUGUGUCUUGUUUUGUAAAAAUGACAUAAAAUGUACAACAGUGGACGAGAGUACCAAGGAAGGUUCUCAAAAUCCUAAAAAUUCAUCCUCUACUACACCUGCAUCUGGAUCUCAAAAGGGUAGUUCUUCUGAAUCACCAGGUUCAAGCGUAGAGAAACAAUCACAAGAAUCCAAUAAAGAAAGUACCAAUGGUGGUAAUGUUGUAAGCCAAGGUACUCCUGCUAAUACUUUUGGUCAAAAUUCUAAUAAUCCUUCCGACUCACCCCAAGGUACUAGCACUCUUCCAAGUCCUCCUAAAUCAAUUGAUGUAAAAUCUGCUUUCUUAAAACAUUACAAAGGAGUAAAGGUUACUGGUUCAUGUAAUGCAAAUUUUCAAUUAUUUCUUGUUCCACAUAUAUUCAUAAACGUUGAAACAAAAGAAAAUAACAUUCAGUUGGAUGUAAAAUUUUUGAAAUUAACUAAAAGAAUAGAUUUUGCAAAAGAUAAAAGUAUGUUAAAGAAUAAAUGUGAAUCUGGAAAAAACCAAACAUUUAAAUUUGUAUUAUAUUUUAAAGAUGAUAUACUAACAAUAAAAUGGAAAGUAUACGAAGAGAAAUCUGCUACUCCACAAAAAUCUGAAGAAAAUACAGUAGAUAUAAAAUUAUACAAGUUACCAAAAUUAGAUCAAACAAUAACCUCAAUACAAGUACAUACCCUAUCCAUAGAAGGAACGUCUUAUUUAAUGGAAAGUAAAGAUUAUAGUUUAGGAAAUAAUUUGCCUGAAAAAUGUGACGCAAUAGCUUCAGAUUGUUUCUUGAGUGGAAAUAUUAAUGUAGAAAAAUGUUUAAAAUGUACCUUGAAAGUAAAAAAGGUAGAAGCUUCUGACGAAUGUUACAAGUAUGUCUCAAAAGAUAAACCCAAAGAAACAAAACUAGCUGUGUCAGGAAGUGAAGUGAAGGAAGUAAAAGCUGCAUCAGUGGAUCAUUCAAAUGAUAAAGAAUAUGAACUCUCUCAAUCCAUUAACAAUAUAUUGAAUAAAAUGUACAAAAAAGAGAGCAAUGAUGAAAAAAAUAACAAAAAGGAAUUAAUCAAAUUAGAAGAUGCAGAUGAUAGUUUACAAAAAGAAUUAAAUAAAUAUUGUAACUCAUUAAAAGAAGUAGAUUUAAAUGGAGUAUUAUCAAAAAAUGAAGUAGGUAAUGAAAAAGAUGUAUUCAAUAAUUUAACAACACUAUUAAAAGAACAUAUGUUAGAAAGUCAUCAUGUUGUUUUUGAAAAACUUAAAAACUCAGCAUUAUGUCUGAAAAAUAUCGAUGACUGGUUAAAAAAUAAAAACGGAUUAAUUGUACCACCAUCAAAAUAUAAAUUAAAGGAUACAAAUGAAAAGAAAGAAUUAAAUAAUAAUGUUGAGGUUAUUGAAGAUAUGUUUAAAGCAAAUGAACAUGGAAUUGUUGAUUUAACAAAAUUUCCUAUAGAUACCAAUUAUUCAUCUUAUAAACACAUAGAUCAUACAUAUUGUAAUAAUGAUUAUUGUAACUGGUCAAAAGAUAAAAAUAGUUGUAUAUCCAAAAUAAAUGUAGAAGAUCAAAAAAAUUGUGCCUUAUCCUGGGCCUUUGCAUCUAAAUACCAUUUAGAAACUAUUAAAUGUAUGAAAGGAUAUGAACAUAUUCCAAUUUCUUCAUUAUAUAUAGCAAAUUGUAGUAAAAAUGAAAAGAAAGAUGUAUGUACAGAAGGUUCAAACCCAUUAAAAGUUUUACAAAUGAUUGUAGAAAAAGGAUUCUUACCAACAGAAGGAGAUUAUUCAUAUGAACAAAGUAAAGUUGGUGAAACAUGCCCAGAAGUACAAAAUGGUUGGGUCAAUUUAUGGGCAAAUGCAAAAUUAUUAGAACAAAAUAAUGAUGAGCACAAUUCUUUAAGUACUAAAGGAUAUACUGCCUAUGAAAGUGAAGCAUUUCAGAAAGACAUGCAUUCAUUUGUCAAAUUAAUUAAAGAUGAAAUUAUGAACAAAGGUUCAGUUAUUGCUUAUGUAAAAGCUGACAAAAUAAUGGCAUAUGAAUUUAAUGGAAAGAAAGUACAAAACUUAUGUGGUGAUAAAACACCUGAUCAUGCAGUAAAUAUUAUUGGUUAUGGUAAUUAUAUAAAUGAUGAACAUCAGAAAAAAUCUUAUUGGAUUGUAAGAAAUAGUUGGGGUAAACAUUGGGGAGACAAAGGUCACUUCAAAGUUGAUAUGUAUGGACCAUCAGAUUGUGAAGAUAAUUUCAUUCACAGCGUAGUUAUAUUCAAUGUUGAUUUACCUAUAAAUCAAGAAUCUGUUAAGAAAGAACCUAAAAUAUAUAACUAUUAUUUAAAAGCUUCUCCUGAUUUUUAUCAUAACUUAUAUUACAAAAAUUUCGAUUCACAAAAAGGUAAAGCUGAUCAAGCUGAAAAUAAAAAGUCAUAUCUAUAUGGACAAGAAGAAUCAACCUCAGAACAACUACCAUCAUCAUUAUCAUCACCACAAAAUAAUAAACAAAGUGAGAGAUCUAAGGAAAAAGUUGAUAUAUUCCACGUUUUAAAACACAUUAAAGAUAGUAAAAUAAAGAUGGGAAUAGUUAAAUAUGACCAUUCUGAUGCUCUUGGUGAAGAUAACGUAUGUUCAAGAUCCUACUCUUCAAACCCAGAGAAACAAGAAGGAUGUGUUAAAUUUUGUAAUGAAAAUUGGGGAAAAUGUAAAGAUGCAGCUUCCCCAGGAUUUUGCUUAAGUGAAUUAGAAAAAACAAAUGAUUGUUUUUUCUGUUAUAUAUAA